AUGAACAUCCUUGGGGUUUUUGUCUCAGUUUCUGCUCAGCCAGGAUUCCUCAACAUUGAUUGCGGCGGGAGAAGGAAUUCCAUUGAUUCAGACACGAAUAUGAACUGGAUAGUGGAUGCAAAUUAUAUAGAUGUUGGUAACACAGCAAAUGUUUCUAUGCCAAAUACACCAUUCCACAUGCAGUCUCUCCGUUUUUUCCCAAAGCCUCUGAAUAAGUCUUGUUAUCGGUUGCCUGUGAGUCCGAAUGUAAACUAUCUUUUAAGACUCUGGUUUCUUUUUGGUAAUUACAAGGAAUCCCAAAAACUUCCUAGCUUUAACGUUUCCUUUGAGACGAAGGGACUCACUCAAAAGGUUCAGUCAAUUAACUAUGCGCAAACCGUACAGUGGACGAGUGAAAAGAUCUUGACAAGUCCGAAUGGUAUACUGCAUGUUUGCUUGAUUCGGACAGCUGAGGACAGCGAUCCUUUUGUCUCUGCAAUCCAGUUGAGAAGUCUUGUGAGUGGGAUGUACAGUUUGCAAGUGAAGCCAGGCAUAAUGUUGAGCGGUUUGGCCCGACAUGAUCUUGGUAAUAAUUCACCCCGCCGUAUCAGGUACCCUCAAGAUGAAUUCGAUCGCUUUUGGUCGUCAGAUGGUGAUUUGGGCUUAGAGACCAAUAAUCUACCAAUAUCCAAACGUUCGGGGGACUUCUUCAGUACCAAAAAUAAUAGCAGGAAUUAUCCUCCAAUCGUAGUAUUGCAGACAGCGCUUAUUGCAAAAACAGAAACAGAGCCUUUGGUUUUCCAUCUGGAAAGGGAGGAUACCAAAACUUUGGUUGUACUAUACUCUGCAGAGAUCGAGGUCCUGAAUGCUUCUGAAUAUAGGAAAUUCAAAAUUGUGAUAAAUAAUAUAGCAGUUAGCAAUAUAAGCUUGGAGUUAAAAAAUAAUUUCAUAGAAGUACCAGUGACAUACAACGACACUGGAGUGGAGGUAAUAGUUUCACUCGAGACUAUUCAAGAUGAACCUGUUAGUGCUCUUUUAUCAAUUAAAAGCAGUUCUGGCAUGAAUGACUGGAUAUCCGAUCCUUGCUUUUCUGUUGCGUGGAGUGGAAUUAGGUGCAACAGGAGCCUCACAGUUAGAGUUGUAGAAAUUUCCAUCCAGGACAACCAUUUAUCAGGAGUUUUACCAGAUUUGUGCAACCUAGCAAGGUUGGAGAUACUGCGACUUCAAAACAACAAUUUCAGCGGUACCAUCCCAGACUGUCUGUCGAAAUUGAAAAACUUAAAGGAACUCAAUAUAGAGAAUAAUAACUUUACCGGAGUUGUUCCCGAGGGGCUUUUGAGUAAUAAAUUAUUGGACCUUAGGUACUCUGGGAAUCCGGAUCUUUGCAAAGAUGGCAAUCAAUGCCACUCCAAGGAUAAUAACACUAAGAUUGUGGUUGUAUCAGCCAUAGGUGCUCUCCUCGGGUAUGCAGGUUUGAUACCGGUCAUGGUACCAAACCCCUCGAGUUGCCGUUCAUUCAGUCUGCUGGCGAUGAAAACAGCCACAAUUAAUUUCAGCCAAAAGAUCGGAGAGGGCGGUUUCGGAAGUGUUUACUUUGGCAGAUUACCUGAUGGAAAAGAUGUGGCUGUAAAGCUGCUCUCCUCCUCAAAACAAGGACUGGCAGAGUUCUUGAACGAGAUCAAUCUUCUCUCUCGAGUGCAUCACAAGAAUUUGGUGUCUUUGAUUGGCUACUGCAACGAAUCAGAAGAACUUAUGCUUGUGUAUGAACAUAUGUGCGGAGGAUCACUUAAGGACCACCUCUACGAACUGGAAUACCUGCAUGUAAAUUGCACACCAAAAAUCGUUCAUAGAGAUGUGAAGAGCUCAAACAUCCUUCUCGACAGCAAUCUACGGGCGAAAAUGGCAGAUUUUGGUCUUUCAAAAAUCAUUGGCGAUGAAGUAAUCUCAAGUCACAUUACAACAACCGUCAAAGGAAUAGUGGGAUACUUAGAUCCAGAGUAUUUUCAUACGAACAAGUUAACAGAGAAAAGCGAUAUUUAUAGCUUUGGAGUGGUUUUGUUGAAGAUGAUAUGCGGGAGGAAAGCAAUUGAUCCAGAGCUAUGCGAAGAAGAGCUAAGCCUUCUGAAAUGGGUAAUGGUACAUGUUGAGGUAAACAACGAUACUGGUGAUCCAUUGACUGGCAUCAUAGACCAAAAGCUGAGAUCCAAAAGGCCGACCAUAACUGAAAUAGUAAUACAGAUAAAAUAUGCCAUUGAUAUAAUCAAGUCCGAAUAUUCGACAUAA